GUUUUUUUUUGCAAAAGGUGUUCUGCAAACUAUUAAACAAUACAUGUAAUGUUGUAACAUGGUUACCAAGCAAAACUGCACAAAAAUCUUUGAACAACUGAACAACUUUAUUUAAGUCUGGAUUAUACAGCUUUUGCACAAUGUAUAAGAAUAUAUUAGUCCUUACAGAAUUGGUGCUACUUGCUUUGAAAAAAUAGUUAUUAAUUUUGUUGAUUUUGUCUUCUCUCGUGCUUACAAACUAUUUUGUCUUUUCUAGUUAAAACAAAGUUAUUUACAAAAUUUAUUCGCCAGCGAGUUUUGUUUUUUGGCAAAAUAAAAACCACCAACGUCGAAUUAUUUUCGUGAACAAUGGCCCGCACGCAUAUACCAGGAUAAAAGCAGCAUCCUUAGAAACUUUGCAGUCUAAACUCAGAUUCAAAAUCGGAGGAAAUCAAAGAAUGCAGAGAUGGAUUCAGAAGCCGACGUCUCUAGAGUUUACAGGCUGGAGCAAGAAAGUUGGCGGCUACCAGAAAAUUUGGAGAAGCGAUCAAAUCCUGACGAUAACUCCAAGGACUGCGAGAAUCGGACUGCGAUAAUUCCAGAGACUGUAUCAAUCGAUUAUAAAACUUCUUCAACAGCAUUUGCUUCAGAGGAUUUUGAAACAUUCAACUUUUCAAAGCUAGAAAAAUUACUAAAAAGUGCUCAGCCAAGUCUUGGGACUUCACUUUUUGCUUUAUUGCGGCAAAUCGAAGCUGGUCUCAAAGCAAAUGACCAGAGAUUGUCUAAAGUUGAGCGGACUGUUCACCAGUUGUCUCAGCAGCUAAACAGCCAACCAUCAAAGCCAAAAAACCAAAGCACAUCUACGCUUGUGUCGAAGGCCGUCAAAGUAUUCUACAAGACCGACAUUAGAAGGUUUCAACUUGAAAAUACCGGUGAGAUGAAGUUUUCAGGGCUGAAAAACAUGCUUGCGGAUUUAUUCCCGAACCUAGCAUCAAAUAAAGGUGAUACUAUUUUGCGAUGGAAAGACUUUGAUGGAGAUUUAGUUCUGUUUUCUUCUGACCACGAGCUUCAACAUGCACUAAGUCAGUCCACUGUUUUAUUGGUCUACAUUGAGGGAUCAGAAUUUUCUAAAUCAUUGAAAAAUUUGCAGCCGGCACAAUUAGAAGAUCCUGCAGCGGUUCCCAUUUCUCCAUCUGUGCCCAUGGCAAACAUAAAAUCAUUUCAGGAGACGAGCAUAGAAUCUGAAUCAGAGGCAACAUUGCCCAACAAACUCAACGAAUUGGAAAGUAAAAAAGGCUUCGCAUCUUGUAGACGAGCUGCAACUCUGACCGAUCUGCCUAAUCUUGUUCUCCGAGGGAUUUUGAAUUACUUAUCGGCGUCUCUCGUCGAUUUACUUAGCUUUUCAAUGACUUGCAAACGUUUUGAGACCGAAACCAAAAACACACUUCUGCAUUUAAGCAUCAGAAUCAAUCCCGUUCAGAAACUGCAGAAGAAUUUCACAGAUCAAUCUAUUUUUGGCGUGGAGAUAUUGAGCUUCAUUAGAAUGAGGACACAAUGGAAAGUAUGGCGCUUGAUCGUCGGCUUUGAGCAGGACAGUCACAUUGGUCUUUCGAAGUUCAUGAAAGGGAUUUGUGACGGAUCCGACUUUUUAAAACCCAGCUGCUCACUGUUGGUUUUUGAUCGAGUAGACAGGCACAGUUCUGAACAAAUUGUCAGCAAAAUCAUCAAAUAUGUUUGUAGCCCAACCACUAAGUUAGCAUUCGAAAGAGUAGACUCGGUUGAUUUUGAUUUCAACCACUUAAGCAUUAAUCUAAAGCAUGUCUCACAGGUUAGAUACACUAAUUUUCGAAAUCCAGCAACUGCGAUUGCAUAUAAAACCUGUCCUAAUCUGGAGAAAUUGACAUUCGGAAGUAGAGACGGAAUCCGAACUCAACAACAUGCUGAGAUACCUCGUCAAAAUUGUCUCCGAGAGCUGAAUUUGAUAGGAAACUGGACGGAUUAUUGCUCCUUGCUCCCUUUAAAUAACAAGCCAGGAGAGGAAAUUAUCUUCCCAGAGCUGAAGAUUUUCACAGUGGAAAGAUUUUCGUUGAGUUGUUAUUUUACGAGUGUUCCUUGCCUACCCAAGUGGCCAGUUUUUCUGAAACAUCACGCGCCGAAACUUAAGUUCUUAGCUCUUGAUGACGAACUCUAUACUGAGGAAACGGCCCAUAUAGACGUACUGCCAGACAGCUGCAGAACGUUACAGUUGUCUUUUGAUGUGUUCAAGAAAUGUUCUUUAUCUCCGUUUUUGACCGAGUUGCUUAUCUGGGAAGUUCCUUCGCCACGUUCUGCGAAGUGUCGCGAAUCAAUUGAAUCAGUUAUCAAAAAUGUAGCUCCAUUCCCAAACAUUAAGCUUCUUAUGGUAGGCAUUGCUGCAGAUUCUUCUGAUAAUCACGACAAUACUAUCCUGAAAUUACUCGCAGGCUUGCCACAGGUGGAAAUGUUUAUUAUACGCCUAAUCUCGCGAGACUCAAAAAUUAGCGAUGAACAUCCAUUCAGAGCUGAAAUUGACCCGACUCUGGAUUGUUACGUCAACUGCAGAGCGUUCUACGUGAUAAAUGGUUUCGUUAAACUUGAUGAAAAACUGGAGCCGAGGCUUCUCACGAGAGUGAUUAAACUGGCGAAAAACUUCUUGUGGCGCUUUGGAGGAGAUUUUCAAGCAGGUCACGAGGACUACGAUCGAUUGUCUUUCGUUUUGUGAGAAAGGCGCAAACUUUUACAGAUGAUGGUUAUAUCAAGCGCUUUAUUUUAAGAGUUGAAUUUGGAAAACAGCGCCAAAAAUUGAAGAUUUUCGAACGCUUUCAUUUCGGCUUGCAAGUUUCAGUCAAUUAAAAAGUGUUUUUGAUUAAGCAAGAUGUGAACAAAAUUUGUUAUAAGUUGAGAUAUUUUUUAGUUUGGAUUUUUUUGGGUGACUCUGUGAUCCGGAUACUGUGGCAGCAAUUAAAAUAUGAAAUAUCGAUUUUCCAUUUUUAGACAAUUCAAAUUAAUAAACUUUUAAAUACUCGUUGCACGUAACACAAUUUUGAAAAUAAUUGUUGACAUCGUUGAAAAAUACUUCGUUUGCGAUACUGCUGUACUGUGAUCUUAUACUCGAAAAAGGAAUGGAUGGUCUAAUACCAUUUACCAUGAACAGUGUAUUAACCUAACCCUUCACUAAGCAGCUUAUAAAAUUGGCCGGUUAUUCAAGGGAUGAAGUUCUUCCUUAGAGCAAUAUAUCACAAAGUUUUUUCUAACUAAUCAGUUUAAUAUUCCGAAUAGAGCGAACUGGAUGAAAAACAAGUAAAUAUUCAGAUAAGCAUUCGGCAGUUGUUGCAUCAUGUGAGCUAAAGCGAGAGGGGGAAAGAUACGUUGUCUAUAUUGGUAAAACCAUGUUCGCAGAAGGAAUUCAAAUUCAUUGGCUGGCAAAAAAAACUCAGCUUAAAAAAUUCUUUACCCAGGUUGAUAGCGUUGCUAUCAAACAAUGACAGCGAUUUUCCGUGAUAUGUUUGAAUGUUUUGUUAGCUUAUUAUGAUAAUCGCGAACGCGCAUAAGAGGGUCCUCCGCUUAUUUUUUUUUCUGAUUACCGUUAACUAGAAAGACAUGUUAAAAUUCAGGCAUAUUAGCCUUUCAGCUUUACUAACCUAAAACUGUUUAUGUUGCUCAUUGAAUUAUGCCAUAAAUUGUAUGUUGUAAGUUUUUGUGAUAUUUCCAGACGCUCAUCUUUUUUCAAUAUUGUUCAUAUGCUAUUAAAAAUAUCUUUUAUAGUACGCAACAUUUAAAAAUGAAACAUUAUUGAGUUAUGUAAUAAAAUUAAUGAUGAUUGUUUGAUUUUUAGCCUGGAAAGAAGUUAAAAGUUUUGUUUGUA